CGACCUUUCAUCUCGGAGUUAAAUUGAUGCGAUGAUACCCAGCCGCCGUGCCUAAGUGAUCCUUUGGGGCCCUUUUUUCCCUUGCAUUUUAUUUUUUUCUCUAUCGUCGUCUCGACUGCGCAUGCCCUCGGCCGUUUGCAAAACCUCUUGCGCCUCGCCUUUGAUCUCGUCUAGUCCACAGCGGAAUGCGCAUCGGUUACGAAUACAUAGCUCUUUUCGCUUAGACGCGGCCGAGGUCGAGGUCGAGAACGGGGGAGACGGGGUUCGCCUGUAUCGUUGUUUGCUUCACGGACCCGCCAGGCCUCUGGUGCGGUCCGCCAUCCACCUCCCUAAAUGGAUUACCCGUACGUACCUGCACAUGGAAGUUCUCUUCCAGUUACUGCCCGACACAGCUCUUCCUUUCCCGAAAUCGCAAAGUUCGUUGCGCGGUCUAGAACCGGGCGCAGGCGCGAGGGGACUCCCUGCGGGCGGUCGCGGAAGUUGCAAGUCGCUGGAUUGGCAGCUGCUAACAGAGCGUGGCAAAAAAAGUAUGUUCGCUGUGACUGGCUGGUCACACCAGCCGCCGCCGACUGGCCGCUCAAGCUUCGGCCAUCACAGGUCGCUGUCUAGCAUCUUGAGAUCCGCCUCGCCGAGACCUUCCGCGGCCCACGCCCGAUCGAGCUCGACCACCGAGCUGCUGCCUACGACCACUGACCCGGAUCGUUCCCUCCCUUCUUCCCCAUCGCCGAAGCGCCCGUUCGGACCUACGCCGCUCGACGACGAGAAUGAUCUGAGCACGAUACCCGACCCCAGGAGCAGAGCAAUGAGCCCAGCCGAUGGAGACAGCACGGCCACCCCGCACCACCCAGACCUCAGCGACGAGGUGGCCACCCUCAGCACGAAGCUCAUCAAUGCCAUCAACCACCAGACCGCACUGGACGACAACCUCUCGGCCGCCAGGCUGGAGCUGGAAAGAUCGCGCGCCAGGAUACGGGAGCUGGAAGCCCAGGUGGAGGAGCAGCGUGAAAUGCUGGCGGGCGACGUGUGGGUGCGGCGUGCGUCGGUCGAGGCCGAGAGCGCAAAGCUGAAGGCCCGCGCCGCUGAGGAGAAGCGGGCACGCCUCGACAUGGAGCAACAGAAGAAGAAGAUCGAGCAAGAACUCGAGAACCUGACGGCCGCCCUCUUCGAGGAAGCGAACAAGAUGGUCAUCUCGGCCAAGGAGGACGCCCGUGCGGAGCAAGAAGCGCUGCAGCGCAAGAACGACCAGCUCAGAGCCCAGCUGGCCGACACCGAGGCCCUUCUCCGAUCGCAGCAAGAGCAGCUGGCCGAACUCAAGCAUGUCAUGGAGCAGAUGGCGGUCGAGCGGGAAGAACAGUCUCCGCCGACCCUCCCUUCGUCUCCCGGCGGCGAGAGCUUCGAAGCCCGCGACGGCGCAGGUCCGUCGACGGCAGUGCGCCAUCAGAGCCUGUCGAUGCCCUCGCUCCCGUCGUGUCCGACCAGCUUCACCCACCUGCUGCACCCCGUCCUGCGCACCGAUCUGGCAGCAUGCAACGAGUUCAAAGAGCUUUUGCGGACCACAAAGAGGUUAUCUGCGCCCCGCGCGCCUUCGGCUUCUUCCGGGUCCGGUCUGGCGUCCCUGGCCAUCGGCCUCGGCUCGGUCACCUCGCAUGCCGCGCCGGGCAACGGGUCAACAUCGUCCCUCCCGACGACGGGGACUCCGCCCUCAGCAUCACCACAGACACCCCACACACCGGCGUCGUCGGUCAGUAGCGUCUCCCUCUCGACUACUACUCCGACCCCGAUUCCGCAUCUGAAGGAGACAAAGUUCUACAAGCGAGUCCUUGUCGAGGACAUCGAGCCCACCCUCCGGCUCGACGCGGCACCGGGGCUCUCCUGGCUUGCUCGCCGCAGCGUGCUGGCAGCCAUGACCGACGGGUCUCUGGUCGUCGAACCCACGCCGCCCACGGCCACCGGGAGGUUCGGGAAGGUGAUCAAGCCGGAGCUGAAUCCUUGCUCCCUCUGCGGCGAGGCCCGCAAGGACGAGGAGUUCUUGCGAACCCACCGCUUCCGUGUGAGCGAAUCCGACACUACCCAGGUCGGCUACCCGCUGUGCAAGUACUGUCUCGGCCGGGUCCGGUCGACGUGCGAGUUCCUCGGCUUCCUCCGCAUCGUCAAGGACGGCCACUGGCGCGCCGACGACGAAGAUGCCGAGAAGGCCGCCUGGGAAGAGAGCGUCCGCCUACGGGAGCAGAUGUUCUGGAGCCGCAUUGGCGGCGGAGUCGUGCCGGCUGGCCACACCCGCCAUCCGUCCGGCUCCAGCGUCGCGCCCAGCCUGCGGGGCGAAAAGAGCCCGAGGCCGAGCCACGAGAGCACGCGGAGGCCGGGCGAGCCUUCCAAGCAGUUCCUGGAGCUGCCCAAGACACCGGAACAGGAGGAUCCGCACGAGGCUGCCGAAGCUACCGAAGCAGCACGGCAGACAGCGGCCGCCGAUGCCUCUCAGCCGCCCGGUGCCCGAGAGGUUGCCGAAGAAGCACAAGCACCGACUGCGGAAGAAGCUACCCAGACGCCGCAGCCCGAAACAGCGGACGAUGCUGCCGUGACGGCACAGCAACGAUCGAUCGACCAUGUCGGGAAUAAGGUUCCCCCUGCCGACCAAGAGAACGCUGAGGAGGUUCCCACCGAGACAUCGACCGCCGCUCACGUUGCCGACAGCGCCGUCGAAGAGUCCACAACUACCACAUUCGAUACAGAGACUGGCCAACGCAAGCCGGUACCUCUCGCCGCACCCGUUACAUUGACCUUUUGAAAUCACCCCGGGGCACAGCCAAGGGAAGAGAAAAAGUUUUUCUCUUUUUAUUUUUCC